UUCGAUGUUCUGAAAUUCAUCGACGCCGCUGCGAUCGAAGGAUUUCCGGCAAAUGUCGAUCUGAAACGGUGCUUCGUCGCCGGAGACAGCGCCGGCGGAAACAUAGCGCACCACAUGAUUCUGAGAUCUGGAGAACACGAGUUUCGCGAUUUGGAAAUCGUCGGAGUCAUCGCGAUUCAACCGUUUUUCGGCGGAGGAGAACGAACAGAAUCGGAGAAAGCACUCACCAAAGCUCCCCUGGUUACGGUGGACCGUACGGACUGGUACUGGAAGGUUUUUUUACCGGAAGGAUCGAACAGAGACCAUCCGGCGGUGAACAUUUUCGGUCCGAACUCGGCGGAUUUGUCGAAAGUUAGGUUUCCGGCGAUUAAAAUUUUCGUCGGAGGACUGGAUCCGUUAAUCGAUUGGCAAAAGAGGUACUACGAAGGGAUGAAGAAAUUAGGUAAGGAAGCGGAUUUGGUGGAAUAUCCAAAUGCUUUCCACAGCUUUUACGGUUUUCCAGAGUUGCCGGAGUGGUCUCUUUUCAUCAAAGACGUUGCAGAUUUUGUACAAACGCAGUCCUCCAAAAUGAUCAGUCGGCGAAAUCAGAAAUAAUUAUGGAUGCUGAAAACGGAACCAGAAAAUUUCUUCAUCAGUCAAAGGCAAGAUUAUCCGUUUUCUGCGUUGCUUGAUUUUCUCUAGCUUUCUUAUGAUUUAUGCUGUAAUCACAAUUAAACUCUCAACUCGACAAAUUAGGAAUGUUAUCUGUUGAAUUAAUGAACGAAACUUUAGCUUUACUUACCUUUUUCUUAGUACAUGUAAUGUUUCAAUUUUCUAUGAAAUUAUUUAGCAAAUAUGACAGUUGACGUUAUUCCCAAA